GAACGCUCGGAGAGGCUCGGCCGCGAGCUCGGGGCUCGCGGCAAGCGGAUCGGAGAACGGAGUGCGGCCACCUCCGGGUUGCCGCCAUGGUCGCGUAGGCUGAGAGCCGGGCAGCUCGCCUGAGUCCAGCUACCCUCGGUGGGUUCUUCCUGCCGGAUUUGCACACCGAGUCGUUGGCUUUUUGCCGCCUCUACCCUUUCCUGAAGUCCAGCAGUAGCGGGCCCCUCCCUUCUUUCUGCCUGUGCUUUAGAUGGCAGAGCAUUUGCUCGGCACAUCUGAAAAAGAAGGUGUGAAAAGCAAAGGCCAUGGCUCCAUUCCGCUGUCAGUCAUGUGGCAAGUCCUUCCUCACCCUGGAGAAGUUCACCAUCCACAGUUAUUCACACUCCAGGGAGCGACCCUUCAAGUGCACGCAGGCUGAGUGUGGCAAAGCCUUCGUCUCUAAAUAUAAAUUGAUGAGGCAUAUGGCCACACACUCACCCCAGAAGCUCCACCAGUGCACUCACUGUGAGAAGACCUUCAACCGGAAGGACCACCUGAAGAACCAUCUCCAGACCCACGAUCCCAAUAAGAUCGCCUACAUCUGCGAGGAGUGUGGCAAGAAGUACCACACCAUGCUGGGCUACAAGAGGCACCUGGCCCUGCAUUCCGCUAGCAGCGGAGAUCUCACCUGUGGCGUCUGCGCCGUCCAGCUGGGGAGCACCGAGGUCCUGCUGGUCCACCUCAAGUCUCACGCGGAAGAAAAAGCCCACCAUGCCCCCCGGGAGAAGAAGCACCAGUGCGACCAUUGUGACAGAUGCUUCUACACCCGCAAGGAUGUGCGUCGCCACCUGGUGGUCCACACAGGAUGCAAGGACUUCCUGUGUCAGUUCUGUGCCCAGCGCUUUGGGCGCAAAGACCACCUCACCCGUCACACCAAGAAAACACACUCGCAGGAGCUGAAGCAAGAGCGUAUGCAGGCAGGAGAGUGUGCGAGCACCUUUAAUACCGUUGCGCCGCCGUCCUUCCAGGUGAAGGCUGCUACCAUGCCUCCUUUCCAGUUAGGAGUGCCCCCUCAGAACGGGCUUGCUGGUGGCUUGCCACCCGAGAUUCAUGGUCUAGUGCUUGCUCCCCCAGAACAGGUCACCCAGCCUCUGCAGCCAAUGCCAGAGCAGCUUAUCACUCUGCACCCUGGGGUAGUUCCCACCUCUCCUCCCCAAACCCUUCAGGAGCCGAAGUACAGUCCUCCUUCUACCUCAUUUGCCCCACUUGCAGGCCUGCCAAUUAAAGCAGAGGCCAAAGGCUUUGGCAACAUGGGUUACUUUGAGGAAUUGCCUAUCCAAGAGCCUCAGUCGCCUCUCAAGCUCAGCCCAUGUUUUGAGAUGGCUAAGGAGGGCAUUGGGAAAGUCACCCUGCCCAAAGAGCUGAUAGUUGAUGCUGUGAACAUAGCGAUUCCUGCCUCUCUGGAGAUUUCCUCCGUGUUGGGGUUUUGGCAGAUCCCCCCUCCUCCCCCCCAGAAUGGUUUUGUGAAUAACGCCAUCCCAGUCGGGCCGGGGGAACCACUGACCCACACUAUCACUUGUCUGGCGCAGCAGCCGUCACCACCGCUGCCGCCUCCACCACCGCUGCUGCCACCGCAGCCGCAGGUACAGCUGCAGCCACAGCCUAUGCAGCUGCAGCCACAGCUUCAGCCACUGCAGCUGCAGCCACAGCCUAUGGGGCUGCAGCCACAGCCAAUGGGGCUGCAGCCACAGCCAAUGGGGCUUCAGCCACAGCCAAUGGGGCUUCAGCCACAGCCAAUGGGGCUUCAGCCACAGCCAAUACAGCUGCAGCCACAGCCAAUGCAGCUGCAGCCACAGCCACUGCCACAGGCACUGCCACAACCACUGCAGCUGCAGCCGCAGCCGCAGCCUCAGCCACUGCCGCAGCCUCCACCACUGCCGCAGCCACUGCCGCAGCCACCACAGCUGCAGCCACAGCCACAGCCACUGCCGCAGCCUCAGCCGCUGCCGCAGCCAAUGCCACAGCCACUGCCACAGCCGCAGCCACAAGAAGCCCAAAUAGCAGUGGCCACUGUGAGCCUGGGGCAGCUCCCUUUACCCCCAAUCCCCCACGUUUUCACGACUGGCACUAACACUGCUAUACUGCCCCAUUUUCAUCAUGCUUUCAGAUAAACUGAUUUUUAAGAAGGCGUAAUUCUUGAGGAGGAAGGCGUUUUAAGCAACAGUUACAGGUUGAAACAUCAAACAGUUUGAGGGGAAGAUUGAAAACCAGGAUUGGGGCUUUAGUUUAUUCGCGAUUACUAGCUUGAGAAAAGGAAUACUCUUCACUGCAUGCAUUGUGCCAAUAUAUAGUAUCCUUAGUAUUCAUGCUUUGUACCAAAUUUAGUGAGCGUGUGCGUAUCCUGUAGUUGAAGUGCAAGUAGUAUCGUACUAUUAUCAUAUUAUUAUCCUCAUAUUAUAUCCUCAUAUUAUAAUCACAAACAAGAUCCAAAACGACAGCUGCUAUUUUGUAAAAUAAAGUGUGUUGAAUUUAAUUGUAUGCCUUUGUUGUAAUGAUGUUAACUAAGAACCUUUGUGUGUAGUACCGCCUAGGAGGGACGUGAUGGAAAGGUGCGGAUUUCUCCGCCUCGGAAGAUGUUUUUAAGAGAAGAGGGUAAUCUUCGUAUGGCGUUUAGAAUUAGGCUGUGUGUUUCUUUUCAGGGACUUUUCCACCUUCGGGGUUAGAUGUAGUUUAGUUCCUCUUCUCGUAGCCUACUUUGUAGUUUGUAGGAAAAGUUCCUUGUGAAGUUAUCGAUUUCUUGAUCUUUAAAGUGAAUUUUUCGUGUAGUUUUCAAUAUUUUUUCAUGUGAUGUUGCAAUGUGAGUUAUGACUUCAUUUAUCUUAAAAGACAAAACUGGUUGUCAGUUAUAUCUGACAAGAAAAAAAAUUACUGUGUAGCCUAGUUAAGUGGUAUACUCCUUGUGGCAUCAGUCAGAAGUGUUUUGCUGACUCGAAUGCCCAUUGUGUUCUUCAUAGGAAUUUAAGAAAAUAGACUGGAAUUAGAAAAAUAAGUGUAUUAGAUAAGAAUCUCCCUUGACUAGCUUAAAAUAGUACUCAAGCUGCUGACCUUCUGAAGUAUUGUUUGUAGUUGCCAAUAGAAAAAUGUAUCUGUAGUUGACUAGUUUAAGUCACUAGUUUGUAUCCCAAGAGGAUUGCGUCUUGCAAUGUAACUCUACUUGUAAUCUUUCUCCCUUGAUAUCUUGUUAAUCGAUUUUGAAAGUGUAAAACCCGUUUUGCAAUGUAACUGUACUCGUAAUCUCUCUCAAGUGAUAUCUUGUUAACCGAUUUUGAAAGUGUAAAACCCGUUUUGCAAUGUAACUGUACUCGUAAUCUCUCUCAAUUGAUACCUUGUUAAUCGAUUUUGAAAGUGUAAAACCCGUUUAGCAAUGUAACUGUACUUGUAAUCUCUCCCUCUUGAUACCUUGUUAAUCGAGUUUGAAAGUGUAAGGCCUAACCUUCGAAGACUGUAUUUCGUUUUGAGACUGUAUUUCCCGACAUAUAUAUCCUACAUAUAAUAAACGUUAAGCAUCUGA